AUGCUUCACCCGGAGCUAACCCUCAUCGUGGCCGCAACCCGAAACAUGGGCAUCGGCCUCAACGGCACACUUCCUUGGACAGGUCUCAAGAAGGAGAUGGCCUACUUCGCACGUGUAACCAGGCGCGUAUCUGCGCAAUUGCCUACCGCUACGUCAAAUGCCGUCAUUAUGGGACGCAAGACAUGGGACAGCAUACCACCUAAAUUCCGGCCAUUGAAGGGGCGUCUCAACAUCGUCGUCAGUCGCUCGCAUCCUAGUUACUCUUCUCUUCAGAAACAGGAAGAAGCGCAAGUCGAAGGUCCCGUAAAAGUCCAGUCUCUAGAGGAUGCCCUCACGUACCUCAAGUCCGCAUCCGGGACGGGGAAAGCGUUUGUCAUCGGCGGCGCGCAGAUCUACGACGCGGCGCUGAAGCUACCUGCGACAAAGCGUGUGCUGCUGACGCGAAUUCAAUCGCUGGACUUUGAGUGCGAUACCUUCUUCCCGCUGGAGUUGGACGAGCAAGGCACGAAUGGCUGGGUGAGGAAGUCUAAGGAUGAACUUGAUGCUUGGACGGGGGAGACGGUGCCGGAGGGUGUGCAAGAGGAGAAUGGAACGCGGUAUGAGUUUCAACUAUGGGAGAGGGUUGGUUGA